UGUUUGAUUACGUCCUAUUUUUUGAGCCUUGUUUUGUUUUGGACUUUUAUGAAAAAGAGGGGAAAUAAAAAAAUGGCUUUUCUUUAUGUUAUUUUCUCUUCUAUCUUCCUCUUUAAGGAAAAAAGCUAAAGUUGUGGGAGGGGCGUUGGGGGAGAUGAAACCCUAGCAAGAAACCAAAAUUUUCCCAUCAAACAUUUAGCUUGGUGUGCUGCCCUUUUUGGCUAAUUUAGCAAACACAUGAACAUAGAGAUAACGCAAUAGGAAGACUAACAAAAAGGUCAUACUAAUGGACAUUCAUCGUUUAAUUAGCAGGAAGAAUUAAUGAUCUUAAUUAUUGCUGCAUUUGUUGUCAAUUGAUAGGUCUUUUUCCUUGUUUUGAGCUUGUUGAUUGGUUUGUCUAUCCUUGUUUUUUGUUUUUUAGAUUUGCUCUGUGUCUCUUUCUUGCUAGCUUGGCUAGGCUUGUGGGGUUCAUUACGGAAGCUGUUCAAGCUUGGUGCUAAGUUCUCAAUGAUGUCUCCUUUUGGUCGGUUUGGGUCUUAUUCAUUUAAGGGCCUACUUAUUUGGUUGCAAAAAACAAAAUAAAAAAAUGCCAUUGGAAAGUGAAGUAUUAUUACAGUGGGGUUCAGUUGGCGGUAAGAAGAAUCAUUUCAAUUGGGUUUUAAAGGCAGCUAUUUCUACUUGGAUGUUAUUGGAUACAAAGAAAGAUGUAGCCAAAUGGGUAGUUGUUUGAAGUAAACUUCCGUGGCCAUUAGACCAUCUUUGGAAAGAAGUAGACUUCCCUUGCUGUCAAAUUUGUUGGGAUCUGAUAUCCGGUUGCUGGUCUUCUACUUAAAGAAGAUUAUAGAUUAGUUCUAUGUGUUAUGUCCUGAUGAAAAGGAACACAAAGCCCCCGUUACACUGGGAUUGGGACAGCUUAAUUAUGUUCAAUGCAGCAUCAAAUGGAAGUCCUAAAAAAUUACGACCAACUGUGUGGGAUUUUGAUGGUGAGGGUGGAAUUGAAUCUGGGUCUAUCUACUCAUCUGGGGGAAGUGACGGCGGUGGUGUUUGUCUCUCAGAUCUGGGUCGUGCUUCUUUGUCAAGGAGCUUGAAGUCUGCAUCCAUUGAUUCUUCUCCAACUGUGGAAGUGAAAACAUCCAAAAUGAUUUUGGAGGCAAAUCAAGCCACCCCAGAAGAGUAUACGGCCACAAAAGAAUUUUCUCAGGCCAAGCCAACUGGUUCUUCUCUAGUGCUUGAGGCUUCAGUUGGUUCAGGUGAGCCAUUCCUCAGUUUAAAGCUUGGGAAACGAACGUACUUUGAAGAUAGUGGUGCCGGGAGCAAUACUAAGACCUCAUCUUUAUCAGUGAUUCCUGUGUCGUCUCUUGCUAAGGCAAAGAGGACGAAGUCCAAUUUUCAGAAUACUCAAGUUCCUCGCUGCCAAGUUGAAGGCUGUAACCUUGAACUCACGUCGGCUAAGGAUUACCAUCGUAAACAUAGAGUUUGUGAAAGUCAUUCAAAGUUCCCAAAAGUCAUUGUAAAUGGUCUGGAACGCCGCUUCUGCCAGCAGUGCAGCAGGUUCCAUGGUCUAGCAGAGUUCGACGAGAAGAAGCGAAGCUGUCGUAGGCGACUUACUGAUCACAAUGCUAGGCGACGCAAGCCACAACCAGAGUCAGUCCAUUUCAAUGCAGCAAGGCUGCCUUCAUCUUUAUAUGAUGAGAAGCAUCAGAUGAGUCUUGUUUGGAACAGAAGCCCACUCGGUAAUGCAAACCCUGACGCAAGUUUUACAUGGGGAGGCACAUGCAGCGACAAGGUCAUCCAGAGAAUGGAUUAUACAUCAAAACCUAUAAAAGUAGGAGACAUCAAUGGGAAGCUGCAUUUAUCCACCCAUGACCUGAGAAACCUCAUCACUCUAUCUCACCACGAUUCCAAUGGGUUCUUGCCACCCAAGGGCACCAUAGCUGAGGUUCUCAACCAAGGCAUAGAUGAACCCAGCAUCUCCUCCAAUGUAGUUGCAACACAGGAUCUUCAUGGCGCUCUCUCUCUUCUGUCAAGUGAUUCUUGGGUUUCAUGCCAGCCUAAGUCCUCUUCCUUCGAACUUCCCAUGCACACGCCCCAUGCCAACAUGCCUCAGACAUCUGUGCAUGUGAUUCCCCAAGGCCUGCCACUUCCUUCAUCAGAGUGGUGGCGGAGUGAGCAACAGUCGAGCAAUUCCGGAGUUCAUUCUUUGGCUUCAGCUAAUGAUGGCAGCAAUUUUAAUCCAGGAUUCCAGCUGUAUGGGAGUGGCUUCUAUGCUAACCAGUUGAACUGACUUGUCGGAGCAGAUCAACCAAGCCAGAUAGCUUGACAUGUUAAUGAAGGUCGGUUUCUGGUAAUCUAUUUAAGAUCUGAUGGUAUUUUCAUUUCAUUUUCUGCCCUUUGAAUUGCAAUAAUUGGGCAAGUCUGGAAGAUCAGGAAGGUCACAUGCAUCAUAAACUCCUGAUAGACAUGAUGGAAACAAGACACUUUAAUAAGAUUGGAUAUUAUUGUUAGUUCAGUAAGAAAUUAUCUCUUAUUUCUGUUGAUGUGGUGGCAUUAUGAAAUUGAUUGAGUAAUCUUUUAUAACAAAAAUUGUGAUUGUAUGAUCGCUGGUUCAA